AUGGUAAAGAGUGAAGGUUCUGAAAAACUCCAUUUUCCUCGGUUAGUUAAUAAGGAGAAAAUAACAGUGAAGUUAAUGAGCAUUUAUAUGGAGUUGUCAAAUUCUACACCUCUACUUUCAAACUACUGGCAAGAAACUGAGAAGGUAGCACAGGUUAAAGUAAGAAAGCGAACCUUGUGCCAGGAAUCACCCCAGUCACCUGACUCACCUCCGUUGGAUUUGCUCAAGAUUUAUCAAAAGAUUUAUUUGCACCACUUCGUGAACGGUGAACCACAGGCCAAGAUUGAAGAUCCCAGCGGGUUGAACUUUGAAGCUAUUUUGAAUUUUCAGGAAUAUGCAAAACCUUCGCGUCUUUUGCUGGCCACAGAAGUGAAUGUUUGCACAGAUGCGCGACUGGAAAGGACCGUUACUUCGUCCAAAACUGUCAGAUCAGAGUGCUUAUACAGAGUCAAGCUAAAAACAAGUAAUAUCUAUGGCUCAGAUUUGAGUGACGUCAACUCUGGAGUUCUGCUCUGUUUGAUUGAUGAAAAUGGUGACUCAAUCUUACAAAGAUUACCUGCUUGCUCAAUGGACAAUCCUACAUGGUCAGUAGACAAGGUCAUCUUCGAUGUUUUGCAUUUCCAGAGGGGUUCCGUGGAUGAGUUUACAUUUGAAGGACCUGAUCUUGGGAAAAUUGUUGCUGUUUGGAUCGGCGUAGAAUCAGGUCAGUGGAGAAUAGGGGAUUUAAGUUUGACAGUUAUUUGUAAUCGUGAGCCCCCACCAGCAGAAAAUGAUCAGAAAACCAGAAAACAUAAUGGCUUACAAUACAACUUCAGGGUUGAGGAUAUCUUACUUGGGGAGGGAAGUGAAAUUUCCAUGAUGGAAUUUAAACCUCACUCAGUUACUGCAUUUUCUGAGGAUGAAUUUAACACCUUCAACGAAAAAUCCUCGUAUACGAUCUCUAAUGAAGAAAGCAUGAAGGAGUAUGCAGACUUGAAGUUCUCUUUGUUAUUUUAUGAUACAUUGCUUAUACUUGCUGGAUCCUCAAUUGCUUCCCUUUUGGCCGGGGAAAAUGCUUCAUUUGCAUUCGUAAUGGGUGGAAUCGGUGGGUUUUUUUAUCUACUCUUUCUACAGAGGGCUGUUGAUGGACUACCAAUCCCGGAACUUGAUUCGAGGGAAAGUACAGGAAAUUUCAGUGAAGUAUCUGGAAGAUUUAAGGGUCCACUGUCAAGUCUGGCAUUAGCAUUUGCAUUAGCCAUUAUUGCUGUCAACUAUGCUUCAGGAGAUAGUGCUGUGAAGUUAACACCGAAAGACCUUAUAUUUGGGAUGAUGGGAUUUCUUUUGUGCAAAGUGUCUGUGGUAUUAGCAGCAUUUAAACCAAUGGCAAUUGGCUCAAGAGAGAACAAGUGAGAGGCAUUUUAAAUUUUCUUAUACCUGUAUUCGUUAGUUUAUAUACUAGUAUAGAACGAUAUAGAUGGCUAGUCAACUAGGUGUAGAGAGAAUAAAUCAUACAUGUGAUCUUGUUUAUCUUUAAGAAAGCGUUCAUGGAUACUAUUGGAAAAUUAUUUUGUGCUUAGCAGAUGAUGCUUUCUGUCGUAGAGCAAUAUAAACAGUAAUAAAAACAUAUUAAUUUGAGUA